UCAACUCCUAAGGGCAGGAGAAGCAAGAACCAAAUAAAUAUACAGAUGAAUUAAAGUUGUUCAUCAGACAGUGCAAGUCUGAUUCACCAACCAUGAGAUGUCUCUCUGAAGCACCUAACGGGGGUCCUGGGACUGACAUCUGCUGACUCAAAAGAAUUCUUUAGCGUAGGCCUGCCCAUGAAUAAACAGCGAGUCUCUUUUGAAGAAUCAAGGGACCUUGAGCUCCUAGUAAAAUAUAAAAGUGGGAUGAUUUUAUGUCGAAGAUAUGAAUAUAUUCAGGAGAAGAUGGGGAAGAGGGCUGCAAUUCCACCUUUCCUUUCCUGGCCUGCAUUCAUUUGAUUUUGCAAUAAUUUGCUUAAAAUGGUUGCCUUUCUCACCGAUCUGGUACUUCCUUAAUGAAGUUUUAUUAUUCGGAAGUAUUAACACCGGUUUGAAUCUUUGCUAGAACAAAGAGAAGAAAUGUAUUCAGAAUUUUCUUCUUCCAGCUGUUUCUUGGCUUGGUGUUAUUUUAGAACGCGCACACUGACUUAGAGAAGGGUUCAGUCCUAUGAUCUCAAAUGAACAUUGUUAACAGUGUGGGCACCACAAGCAGUGGAGAUCUGGCACAAGGGCAUUCCUCCCGUGGUGGGCAGUGGGCGGCCACCAUAGCAGGGAAGGCUGGCACAGUGGGCUCUGGGCUCUGCUGUUGGCAUGGGGGCCGCCACAAGCAGAGACCAGGGCACUGCCCACCUGAGAUCUGGCCCAGGGCUGUACUCAGGGCAGCAGAGAGGCACUGCCUGGUCCCCAGCUGGGGGGCCUGGGCCUGAGAACUCGGAGGAGAGGCUCUCCUACCUUCCUGCAGCUGCUCGUGUCUUCAGCAGCCCUUCUCACUCCUCAAAGGCAGCAAACAUGUAUCCCAAACACCAUCCUGUUGAAUUUCUGAGCUAUUAACAUAAAUUUACAGCAAAUAUAAUAUUAUCUCAGACCUGUGGAUAAUACAUUGAAGAAAAGGGGGACACACCUAAGAAUCAUAAGAAACCCCUUCCUCUAAAAGAGAUGUGUUUUUAGGAAGAAAGAAAAACAAAUGUUUAGAAAUUUUCUGAUUUACAUUCCCAACAAGGUUUGAGAGUAUAUUGUGUCCAGAAAACUAGGGUGAACAGUCACGAAGAGAUGCCUUAAGACCCGCCAAAGUUAGGAAUGGCUUUCCUCUUUGGAAUAGGCCUUGCUUUGAUUCUUUUCAUACAAUGAGAUGAAAAUUUUAGGAUGUCAGUUUAUAGAACACUGUUUCUUUGAAAUGCACUGCCUAUUAUAUUUGAGAAAUGUCAGGUUCUCUGUAUCUUCUGGAAGCUUCACAGUUUAUAUUAGGGGUCUGAGAAGCCUGGCAGUUAAGAAACUUCUUGUCUUUAACCCAGGGUUUCCAAAACUUAGUUGAUCAUAAAAUCCAGUUUUUACCUACCACCCAUUAAGGAUUUCCAUCUCGGAGGAUAGGGAAAUGCUAGUUUUUAGAGUUUUAAGGGGAAAAUAGCCAGACUUCAAAAUCCCACAUGCCGCCUGUUUGUCACUCGCGUGCUGAGGUAAACAGGAGGACAUUUUCAUACACACAGGGACUCAAAAAAGAUCUCACUCAUGCACCUCCCUUCAUGUUUGACUUUUAGAUGUAUUCUGGCAGGACAUAGUUGGAGGUAAAAGGACAAGAGGAAGUUGAGCGAUGGUGAAGACAUGGUUGAGAAAUUAGGAAGGAACCAAAUUGCGGUCAGUUUUAUAUGUUAAAUCUGACCCUGGCACUUGUCUUGGUGGGUGGGUUCUAUUAACCCACCAGACCUGGAGUUCACUUACCCCACCAGCUGCGUGGACCAUCAUGAACCUGCCCCACAAACUCUGUGCCUGGAGGAGCACGGAGUUGCAGAGGGCAGGAGAGAACAUGGUCGCCCCUAGGCUGCUCAAGAAGGCAGUUCCUGAGCCCUGCCCCGGGUGCCCUUACCUCAUGGGAACAGGAAGCCAAAAGAAGAACCCGGCUGUGCUCACCAGCCACGAGCAGGCAGCACAAGAAAGAGACAGGGUAGGACUUGUUUGGAGCUUCUGAGGCUCAGUGACCCCACCCAUGGGAAAAUGGGCCAGCAGGUGUCCUGUCAUAUCAGCAGAAGGGCUACGCCCCUUCCUUUGGGAAAGAGUGCGUGAGAACUUUCCCUCUGACCCUCCCCGAGCUGAGAAGGAGCAGGAGCCCCCUUGUCGAUGGACUGAGGCAGGAGCACGAGGGGAAGGAUUCUCCGCUACAGAACUGCAGGGACUUGGGGAGAGAGAGCAGCCCGGGAUGACUGGCAUUUCCACCUGGAGCACCUGGGUGGAUGGCACCCUCCAUUACAUACGAUGGACUCCUAACAAGACGAGCAGGCGAGAGGCAAGAUGAUGAGUGGGGUUUUAGGUAGAAUUUGAGGUACUUUUGGUGGAGAAGCUGAGUAGGCAGUUGGAAAUUUGAGCCUGAAGUUCAUGAGAACUGUUGGGAGCUGGAGGUAUGGAUUUAUGAGUUACUGGACUGUGGAUGAUGGAUGGAGCCAGAGGCAUGGGUGGGACCGACCAAGGCAGCAGCCUCCUUGGAAGGAAGAGAAGCACCCUGGGUUCAGGCUAACAUCUGCACUUAACAGGACCAAUUCUGACUCUGCUCUUCACACGAGUGCUCUGAGCACCAAGCCCCAGGACCCCUAUGGAGGAGGGGGCCAGUCGGCCUGGCCUGCCUCAUACAUGGGUUUCUGUGAUGGUGAGAACGACGUACAUGGGGAAGUUGUGUCUUUCCCCAGCCCACUGAAGGAAGAGAAUCUGCUAAACAUUCCCAAGCCACUGCCAAAACAGCUGUGGGAGACCAAGGAGAUCCAGUCCCUGUCAGGGCGCCCUCGAUCCUGUGAUGUCAGAGGUGGCAGCGCUUUUCCACACAGUGGUCAAAACAUGGGCCUCUCACCCUUUCUGGGAACCCUGAACACUGGGGGGUCGUUGCCAGAUCUAACCAACCUCCACUACUCAGUGCCCCUGCCCGCCUCCCUGGACACCAGUGACCACCUCUUUGGUAGUAUGAGUGUGGGGAACAGUGUGGGCAACCUUCCCGCUGCCAUGACUCACCUGGGCAUAAGAAGCUCUUCUGGUCUGCAGAGUUCUCGAAGCAACCCCUCCAUCCAGGCCACGCUCAAUAAGACAGCGCUUUCCUCUUCCCUAAACAGCCGCCCACAGGCAUCUGCUCCCAACGCCUCUGCGCUUCACUCUUCGCUCCGUCUCUUCUCCCGUAGCAACCCGUCUCUUUCCACCACAAACCUGAGUGGCCCCUCUCGGCGUAGGCAGCCUCCCGUCAGCCCUCUCACGCUUUCUCCUGGCCCCGAAGCGCAUCAGAGUUUCAGCCGACAGCUCUCUUCAACCAGCCCACUGAAGCCGUAUCCUGCCUCGCAGAUGGUGUCCUCAGAUCGAAGCCCGCUCUCCUUCCUGCCCACAGAAGCUCAAGCCCAAGUGUCACCCCCACCUCCUUACCCCACACCCCAGGACCUCCCCCAGCCUCUGCUGCAGCAGCCCCACGCCCAGGAGCCCGCUGCUCAGCAGCCCCAGGCAGCCCCAUCGCUGCCCCAGUCAGACUUCCAGCUCCUCGCGGCCCAGGGCUCAUCUUUGACCAACUUCUUCCCAGAUGUGAGCUUUGACCAGCAGUCCAUGAGGCCAGGCCCAGCCUUUCCUCAGCAGGUGCCCCCGGUGCAACAAUGUCCCCGAGAACCACAGGACUCCUUUCAUUUGAGACCAAACCUGUAUUCCAACUGCGGGAAUUUCCCAAAUACCAUCCUGACAGAAGACUCGAGCACCAGCCUGUUCAAAGACCUCGGCAGUGCUCUGGCAGGCAUGCCCGAGGUCAACCUAAACGUGGACACUCCGUUUCCAUUGGAAGAAGAGCUCCAGAUCGAACCCCUGAGCCUGGACGGACUCAGCAUGCUAAGUGAUUCCAGCCUGGGCCUGCUCGACCCCUCUAUUGAAGAGGCACUUCGAGCUGACCGACUGUGAACAGAAGGGAACGGGGCGGGAGGGCUUGUUUCUGAGACAGAACGGAAUAGGACGGAGCCAGCUGCAGCCCUGGGCGUUAGUUAUCACGGGCUCUGACACGGAAAGAACCAAUUCCUUGGCUCCCAGCUCUCAGACAAGGUCCCAUCUCAGACGCCGUGGCUCAUUCUAGACCACAGAGCUGGGCGCCGCCCCUCAGGCCUGCGGCACAGGUCCUGUUGCUGCGGGCAGGCUGCUCUGGGGCUUCCAAUGAAUUGGUCGUCACCACAACUGUUACAUCUUUUACUGGCCAUCUAAUGGGUCAAUGUGUAAAAAUAUAGCGAGAGGCCUCAGUAGCCUUGUGUAGUGCUCAGAACCACUGAUCUCAAUCAACACUGAAGAAAGGACCCGGAGUGGGGGGCGGUUAGGGGCCACAGGCCUUCGGAAGUUGGCUCAGCAUCCAGCAACGGUACCACAGCCCCACGAUGCCUUCUCUGAUCCAGCCAUCGUGCCUCAGCGGCGGCAGGAUGUUCCAGGGCAGAGCGGAGGGCCAGGGCUCUCUCAGAGGCCUCAAUUCUAACAUGAAGAAGGCUUUUUACCACAAGUCCAAGAACAGACUUGAGUUAAGCAAACUGAAUUCUAAUUUGUCCCCCCCCCCUCAGUUUGUAAUCUCUUUUCUGCUGCUUCAGAACCCCUUUUCCUAUGGACAAGAGGAAAAGGAAGACUAUUUUAUUCAGUCACUGAAAAAAAAAAAAAAAUCCCCUGGUGAUAGAUGAGCCUGAAGAGAACGGUGCUUCUUCUUAGAGGCUGGGGAAGAGAGAAAGGGGGCUGCAGGUAUCUCAGAGACACACGAAGUCCUCCAGACAAGUUCUGGACCGUACAGGCCUCCCUCUCUACAGACCAGCUGGAGGGAGUGGCUGGAGGUCUGGAUUGGGCCCACCCAGCAGCUGCACAGCAGCAAAGGGAAGCUGUUUCUCUGUGGAAUGGGGGUGGUUCAUAUAACCCCACUAGACCAUAAGCUCCUUGAGGGCAGGGACUGUGCCUUAGUCAUCAUCGAACCCCUAGCACCUAACAAGUGCCUGGCGCUGGGCAGGUGCUGCAGAACCGUGCGUCGAAUGCACACGUGAAUGAGUGAAUGAAUGCACGAAUGAAUGAAUCUGCUUUGCUGUGAGGCAGUCUAAUCUUUCACUGUUUCUGUUCCUUACCAAAUCUUCUCAGAGCUUCAGCUUUUCUAACACUUGUGCCUGUGGUUAAGUUAAGCACGCACUUUAAUAUGCUUUUAACACUAGGUGACCAAAUCCACGGUUAGACUGCACGCCCUGUUCUCCUCCAGAGUAUGCAGGUAGGUGGAAACUGUCUUCUGGGUACAUCCACAGUGGUUCAGCAAACUGAGGCCUCCCACCUGCUGGGACCUCGGGGGUCCUGGCCACCUCAAAAGAUCUUCCCUCUCAGACCCAGGUUUUGCUCUCGAUUGUGUUAGGAAGAGAUUCAUUCUCUGAGGUUGAAGAAAUAGUCUAUAGUAAAAUGAAGGCCUAAUUUAUGAAACCGUCAUUAGUCAUCAGUUUCUUAGCACAAAACAGUAUUACUAUAUUUCCACCACCACCUGCCCCCUCUGACUUAGUCCAGGCCAGCCCUUGACCAGAAACCUGAUGGGUGGGAUUGGAAGCCGUCUGGGGAGGAGGGUGGGCAACGGGGCCAAAUGUGGGCAUGGGUAGACAGCACAGAGAGGACAGACACACUGAAGGAGGGAUGAAGAUGCCGGAGCCUUUGCCCAGACAGCCGGUGUCCUUCCAGGAGACACCAGGGGUGUUGCUGAAGGGUCCAGACUGCUCCCACCCAAAGAAGCAAGGCUGCACCUUGUGGGUCUGAAUCUGACACGUGUGCCUGGUGGCCGGAGGGGUCUGUCACAGCGUCCUGGGCUGUUAACCUCUCUAGACCUUGUCCCAUUUCCUUCUGUCUUCAGGGGGAUCCCUUCCCUCCAGUCUUUCCAGUAACCUCGAUCGUGCACUGCUCCAUCUUCACUGUGGAGCCCAAGUCUUCCCACCUCACGUUCACCCUGAACCCCUGCUACUGAAUUAGGAAGUCAAACCAGAGUCCUUCCUGCCUGAGCUCUGGCUCAGGGAGAGGCAGUUGGCCUCCCCUUCGAAGCCAUAUUUCCAGUUAAACUUCCCAAUCUCAGAGGGCAGUGACUUUUUGUUAAAGUAAAAGGGCCUUUCAUCGUACCCAGCACCCCAGUGUGCCAAAAGAAGCCAGAUCCUGGCUGCCUUUCCUGUGUCAGAGACCCCCAAAUCCGAUCUGGCCUUUCAGACAGGGAGGAGUGCUAAUGUUCUCAGAGGUUUUUUUUGAACAAUGGAGGUUCCAGGAUAAUCUGCUCUUUACACAGUGCCUUACCCACGGGGAUCACUAGUGUCAGGGUCCCAACUCUCUUUGCACAGCAGCCCAGUCUUACAGCUGGAGACCCUGAGACCUACAGGACGAAGUGUGCUCCCCCUGGGCAUUCGCCAGGGACUCGUGGAAAUGGAGGCUCCUGGGAAAAGUGACUUGUUUGGGGUAGUAUAAUGAUGACAGGUUUAGCACUGAAUUCAAUUUGUCCUGAGGUCCAUCCAUCCCAUCUUUUCCUGUGAAAAGGUUUUGGGCAUUAUAUAACCCACGUUGCUUACAUGGUGUCAAGGACACCCAUGGACAGGAGUCGCCCUGACCUUCUCACUGCUGCCUUUGCAACAAACCAGGCGUGGUCCUCGGCAUCUGAAGUGGCUGCAGACUUCAGAGUAAACUAUUUUUCAGUAUUUAGUUUUUCACAAGAAAUCGAUGGUUGUACUACUCUCAUUUACUAGCAGUUAAACAGCAUAGCACUAAAAACCUAUCUGUAUUUUCUAUUUUUCCCUUCUGUACGUUUGUGGUUUUCAGGACAUACAGUGUCAGGAGAAACUUUGAUGAUGUCAAGAUCAACAUGAAUUCUCCAUUGUCCUGUUUCAUUUCUCCUAAGUCUGCUGUAUAUUACCCGAGCUGAAAUCUAUAUUCCAGUCCAUUUGCAUAUUUGAAGACAUUUCCAGCUCCGCCUCUCAUCGCUCUUCUGAUUCAUGCACAGACGGUUCCGAGCGUGUCUUCCACUGCUUCGUGAUGGAACCAUCACAGCAACUAAUCAGACUUCCCGCCAGUAUCCUAGUUCCCAGGUCCCUUGUUAAACAAUAUUUAAAGAUUGGAAUUUGUACAAAGUAGCUUCCAAGUUUUAUAAUGCAUCAUUUUACAUCUUUCGUAAUUAAAAGCAGCACAAUAAG